GCAUCCUUGUCCUUGCUGCUGACCCUGCUGGUGGUGCCGCCGGCGGGCCGGGCCUGCCCGUCCCGCUGCCGCUGCUACAGCCUCACCGUGGAGUGCGGCUCGCUGGGCCUGAAGGAGAUCCCCCCGGGGGUCCCGACCGCCACGCAGACCUUCUUCCUCCAGGACAACGCUGUGGUCCAGAUCCGGCUCCUGGACCUGUCCCGUCUGGGGGUCCUGCACUACCUCUACCUGCAGAACAACAGCAUCUCGGCCCUGGAGCCGGGCGCCUUCCUCAGCCAGGGGGAGCUGCUGGAGCUGGCCCUGAACGGGAACCUCAUCCACCUGGUGACGGCCGACGUCUUCCGGGGGCUGGACCACCUGCGCAUCCUGUACUUGGCCGGCAACCAGAUCACCCGGCUGCAGGACUACAUCUUCAGGGGCCUGCACCGUCUACAGGAGCUCCAUCUGCAGGACAACAGCAUCGAGCUGCUGGGGGACCAGGCCCUGUCCGGCCUGACCUCCCUGGCCCUGCUGGACCUCAGCCGCAACCACCUGCGCACCCUGGGACCCUCCUCGCUGAAGGCCCUGGUCAGCCUGCAGGUGCUGCGGGUCACAGAGAACCCGUGGCGGUGUGACUGCGCGCUGGGCUGGCUGCGGACCUGGAUCAGCGAGGAGGGCCAGCGCCUGCUGAGCUCCGCCGAGCAGCGCCGGCUGAUGUGCGCCGAGCCCCCCCGCCUGUCCCACCUCAGCCUGGUGGAGGUGGCUCCCAACAGCCUGGUGUGCAUCCCCCCCGUCGUGCAGCUGGAGCCCAGCCACCUCACCGUGCGCCUGGGGGAGAGCCUCCGCGUGUCCUGCCAGGCGUCGGGCUACCCCCAGCCCCAGGUCACCUGGAGGAAGUCCUCCCACGGCCGCACGCAGCUGUCCCCGCGGGGCCUGGUGCAGGAGCUGGGCCCUGACGGGGAGCUCUUCGUCCCGGGGCCCGCAGGCCCCGCCACCGCGUCUCCGUCUCCUCCUCCUCCCCCUCCCGCCUCUCCUCUAGGGUCUGACAAGGCGGCGGUGGGGAGCGGCGGCGUGGGCGGGCUGGUGCGUGGCGUGGAGGAGGGCGGCGAGCGGGACAGCUUCGACCCCGACACGGGCAGCGGCAUGCUGUUCCUCAGCAACGUGACGGUGGCCCACGCCGGCCGCUACGAGUGCGAGGCCUGGAACCCGGGGGGCGUGGCCAGGGUGAGCUUCCACCUGGCGGUCAACAUGUCCUCCUCGUCCUCGCCGUCCCAGUACUGGCCCCGCCUCCACGCCCACCCUCCGUCGUCCUCCUCCUCCUCGUCCUCCGGCAGCUCCUCCUACUUCCACCCGGAGGUGCUGGACGUCAGCCAGGAGCCGCUGUACGAGCAGGACAGCAUGGACUUCAACGCGCUGGGCGCCGCCACACAGACCGCCAUCGCCAUGGGGAUCUCCCUGCUGGCGCUCACCGCCCUGCUGCUUCUAGUCAUGAUCUACACACGGCACCGCCAGCGCCGCAAGGAAGAGCGCGGCUCCUACUGCACCAGCAAGGAGGAGAGCAUCCUGUACGUCAACGACUACUCCGACGGGCCCACCACCUUCUCCCAGCUGGAGGAGUACCGGGACAACCAGGGCCACGAGAUGUACGUCCUGAACCACGCCCGGCCCGUCCCGGGCCCCAGGGCCGGGGCGUGCCCCAUGGUGGGCGGGUACUGCCAGCAGGGCAGCAUGAAGGACGCGCUGCUGGACCACGAGAUGGUGCAGACGCUGAGCCGCUCGGGCGUGGUCAUGGGGCCCCGGAGGAACCCGGCGGAGGGCGGAGAGGGGCCCCCGACGCUGGACCCCGAAGGGCUGUUCCUGGGACAGAGUCUGCUGUUUGGGUCGCAGGUGGCCUACGAGAUCCACUGCUGAGGCGCCCUGAGCGCUCAGCUGCCCCCAGAGACAUCCGCUUUUUUGCGUCCAGCCAGUGUUCCGAUAAACUUUUCAAUUCGGCUGGGAAACGCUGCCGUAACCAUCAGUGCAAGGUGCUCUGGAGCAUUGCGUCCAAAAAAAAAUCAUAAAUAAUGAGCUUAAUCUCGGAAGGAGAACAAUGGUGUUAGUGCACCACUUGCACUCCAGAAUUAGGAUUGUUGUUGUACAUUGAUUGUUUUCGACUCGUGUUUCGUGACGACAAAAAAAGACAAGAACCAGUUACACUGAUGCCGACUUCCAGUUGAACCCCCUGGGUAUUUUAUGGUACUGUACGUACAUUAGGUUGACGGAUUCGUGUACAUCACGCUGAAAGACUUAUGUACUAUACAUUGACGUAUGUUAAGCAGGGCAGAAAGAUGUACAUCGUAUUGACAGACUGAUGUACAGCAGUGUUCUCAGACUUAUGUGCAUUGUGUUGACAGACUUGUGUACAGCAGGGUUGACAGACUUGUGUACAGCAGGGUAAGUAGUGUACGUUUUUAAGGAUUUCGGUUUUAAUGAUACAGUAUACUGUGAAGGCACAAGUAAAGACUAGUGUGGUCAUUGAACAAUUAUGAAGCGGAUGGGAAAACAGAAAUACUUUGAUUUGAUCAGGAUCCUCAGAAAAAGCCAAAGCCACUGUAAAAGAGUGAGAAAUACUGAAAACGGGUUUAGGGUUGUAAAUCCAGUUUUGUAACGUGAGGUAUUGUUUUAUGACCUUGUGUAUCUUUGUGUCCGUGCUCAACUGUUUUUGAAAUUGUUUCAUUCUAAUUAUUUUUACUUGGUGUCGUCUUUCUUACGGCUGCGCAUUUGGACGGCGUUGAAUCGCAAGCUUUGUCUUCAUUCCAUAAGCGCGAGUAGGCGUUGGAUGGGUGAACAGCCGGCUGCGUUUUGACCGCAGCGAGUGCGGGUCAUUGUGAGUUUCAAUCAGUCCUGUCUACUGUUUUUAUAGUGUUUUCCGUCUCCCUUUUUUUAAUGACAUCGCCGCAGUCAAAAUGUAUUUCUGUGUCCGCCUAAAUCUGGUGUUCUAUGUGUGGAAAAUGACCCCGGUACCAGUCCGCUUCUGAUGAUUACAUGUUUUCCGUCUACCGUCUUCAACUAAUAAAUUGUAUUUUAAAACAGCCUGGCAC